AUGGAUCUUGACGAUUGGGAGUUCCACCAAUGGCUGUGUGACACCUCGGAUCAUAACCCGGGUGAAAUCACAGACCUGAUGAAUAUCAUCUGCAGCGAUGUGCGAAUAAACCAGAUGAAAUUUACAAAUUACGGCGGACAUUUUUGGGAUACGACGGGACAUGAAAAUAUAGAAUGUCCAUUGAAAUUUACCAAGCAACCUACUCCUAAGACGAGCACAAAUGCACCAUCGUCGAGGAACAAGCCACAAGCGUCAAGUAGCAGGACACAACCAUCUAGUAGUGGAACGCCACAACGAACCGAUAAUCGAGAUAACCGAGACCUUUAUGACACUCCUCCACCAGCUCCAAAAUUAUCCCGCUCAAAGAAACCCAGUACAAAUCCACCUGCAAAAGGAUAUGCAUCAGGAGGAUGGAGAAGCGUGAAUGAUCCAGAGCAGGGCAGCGACGACGCUCACCAUCUAGUUCCCGCGAGCCCGAAUCACGCACAGAAGAAACCUGAUCAGAGGGAUCGACGACAAGAUGCCGCUUUUAUGUCUCGCGCCUCGGAUAGCAAUACUAGUAGACCAAUGACGAAACGACCUGCUAUGACGUCUGAGAGGAAGAUGAUAGUAGGCGAACGAGAGAGGGAAUUGUCGCUUUGUAAAUCUAAGAUACCGCGUGAUUCUCGCAUUUCAAAUUGA